CGUCGCUGUGGCCCGCGGCCCGGGAUGCAGUCGCGCUGACGUCCUCCUGGCUACCCACAAGCCUCUGUACCCCGGUGCGGGCAGGAAGAGGGCAACAGGGUCCAGUGGCUGCCCGGGAGGUCGGGGUGCCUUCUGCGCCGGACGCGGACUCUGCCCGGCACCCCCGCGUGCCUGCAAACUGGCAGCUAUCCCGUCUCUCUCACCGUGGCCGAGAGGGCGACAGCCCCGGCUCAGGCUCUCGUCCUAACGUGCUGCCCCGAGUCUGGGACGCGGAGACCGGGGCGCUCUGCUGACAGCUGUCAGGCUGUCAGCGCUUCGCGAGCCUCGGCACUCCCCGGUCUGCGUCAUCGCGUACCGGUCAUUAGGUUCUUCCUAACAUCUAGGAACUGUAGAGCAGGGCCACUCGAGUACCAUAUGGCGUCUAGUACGUGCUGCCGUUUAGCUCGAUGAGAGAAAGGGAAAGUUAAGGAUGCUGGAGCAGAACAAUGGAUUUCUCUUUCUCUUUCAUGCAAGGGAUCAUGGGAAACACAAUUCAGCAACCACCUCAACUCAUUGACUCGGCCAACAUCCGCCAGGAGGAUGCCUUUGAUAACAACAGUGACAUUGUUGAAGAUGGGGGCCCGACACCCUUCGAAGCUACUUUGCAACAAGGUUUUCAAUAUCCACCUACAACAGAAGACCUUCCUCCACUCACAAAUGGCUACCCACCAUCAAUCAGCUUGUAUGAAACUCAAACCAAAUACCCGCCAUAUAAUCAGUAUCCCAAUGGGUCAGCCAACGGUUUUGGUGCAGUUAGAAACUUUAGCCCUACUGACUAUUACCAUUCAGAAAUCCCAAACACAAGACCACAUGAAAUUAUGGAAAAACCUUCUCCUCCACAGCCACCUCCUCCUCCUCCUCCUUCUUCAGUACCACAAACUGUGAUUCCAAAGAAGACAGGCUCACCCGAGAUUAAACUAAAGAUAACCAAAACUAUCCAGAAUGGCAGGGAAUUGUUUGAGUCUUCCCUCUGUGGGGACCUUUUAAAUGAAGUACAGGCCAGCGAGCACACAAGGUCAAAGCACGAAAGCAGAAGGGAAAAGAGGAAAAAGAGCAGCAAGCACGAGUCGUCACGGUCCGAAGAGCGCAAGCCACACAAGACCCCCAAGCUAGAGCCAGAGGGGCCCGAUAGACCAAAUGAGAGGGUGGACACUGCACCAGAAAAGCCAAGAGAAGAGCCAGUGCUCAAAGAGGCCGUCCCGGUUCAGCCAAUACUGUCUUCUGUUCCAACAACAGAAACGUCCACUGGUGUUAAGUUCCAGGUUGGUGAUCUUGUUUGGUCCAAGGUGGGAACCUAUCCUUGGUGGCCUUGUAUGGUUUCAAGUGAUCCCCAGCUUGAGGUCCAUACCAAAAUUAACACAAGAGGUGCCCGGGAAUAUCAUGUCCAGUUUUUUAGCAACCAGCCAGAAAGGGCAUGGGUUCAUGAGAAGCGGGUACGGGAGUACAAAGGUCACGAGCAGUAUGAAGAGUUACUAGCCGAGGCAGCCAAACAAGCCAGCAAUCACUCUGAAAAGCAGAAGAUUCGGAAACCCCGGCCGCAGAGAGAACGUGCCCAGUGGGACAUUGGCAUUGCUCAUGCAGAGAAAGCCUUGAAAAUGACUCGGGAGGAAAGAGUAGAACAGUACACAUUCAUCUAUAUCGAUAAGCAGCCAGAAGAGGCUUCAUCCCAAGCAAAGAAGACUGUUACCUCUAAGACGGAAGUCAAGAAACCCCGAAGACCAAGAUCUGUGCUGAAUAGUCAGCCAGAACAGACCAAUGCUGGGGAGGUGGCCUCCUCACAAUCAAGUACUGACCUUCGAAGACAGAGCCAGAGGCGGCAAACUAGCUUGGAAGAGGAUGAGCCACCUCCUGUUAAAAUAGCCUGGAAAACAGCAGCCGCAAGGAAGUCCUUACCAGCUUCCAUCACAAUGCACAAAGGGAGCCUAGAUCUGCAGAAGUGUAAUAUGUCUCCAGUUGUGAAAAUUGAACAAGUGUUUGCUCUCCAGAAUGCAACAGGAGAUGGGAAGUUUAUUGAUCAGUUUGUUUAUUCAACGAAGGGAAUUGGUAACAAAACAGAAAUAAGUAUCAGGGGGCAAGACAGGCUUAUAAUCUCUCCACCAAGUCAGAGAAAUGAAAAACCAACUCAGAGCGCGUCGUCUCCGGAGGCAACAUCUGCUUCUGCAGGCCCAGUAGAAAAGAAGCAGCAGAGAAGAUCAAUCAGGACUCGAUCUGAGUCAGAGAAGUCCACCGAGGUUGUGCCAAAGAAGAAGAUGAGAAAGGAGCAGGUUGAAACAACUCCUCAGGCUUCCCUGAAGACCGGAUUACAGAAAGGUGCCAGCGAGAUUUCAGAUUCCUGUAAGCCUCUAAAGAAAAGGAGUCGUGCCUCAACCGAUGUAGAGACGGCCAGUUGCACAUACAGAGACACAUCUGACUCGGAUUCGAGAGGGCUGAGUGACGGGCAGGUAGGCUUUGGCAAACAAGCAGAGAGCCCCUCGGCGGCUGCUGAUGCAGACGCUUCUGAUGCCCAGUCGGUGGACUCGAGUCUGUCUCGGAGAGGCGUCGGUGCGAGUAAGAAGGACUCUGUGUGUCAGAUCUGUGAAAACACUGGAGACUGUCUUAUUUCUUGUGAGGGGGAAUGCUGCAGACACUUUCACUUGGAGUGCCUCGGGCUGACUGCAGUCCCCGAGGGACCCUUCACCUGUGAGGAGUGUGAGACUGGGCAGCACCCAUGUUUUUCAUGUAAGGUGUCUGGUAAGGAUGUGAAACGUUGUUCUGUUAGUGUUUGUGGAAAGUUUUAUCAUGAAGCCUGUGUCCGCAAAUUCCCCACUGCCAUCUUUGAGUCAAAAGGAUUCCGCUGUCCCCAGCACUGUUGCUCUUCCUGCUCUAUGGAGAAAGACAUCCACAAAGCAAGCAAAGGCCGGAUGAUGAGGUGCUUGAGAUGCCCAAUCGCCUAUCACUUUGGAGAUGCGUGUGUCGCUGCUGGAAGUGUCUCUGUGUCCUCGCACAUCCUCAUCUGUAGUAACCAUUCCAAGCGGAGUAGUCAGUCUGCUGCUAUAAACGUAGGCUUUUGUUUCGUUUGUGCCAGAGGGCUGAUAGUUCAGGACCAUUCAGACCCCAUGUUCAGUUCCUAUGCCUAUAAAUCCCACUACCUACUGAGUGAAUCAAACCGUGCUGAGUUGAUGAAAUUACCUAUGAUUCCUUCUUCGUCAGCUUCCAAAAAGAGAUGUGAGAAAGGUGGAAGAUUGCUCUGCUGUGAAUCGUGUCCUGCCUCCUUCCACCCCGAAUGCCUGAGCAUAGACAUGCCGGAAGGCUGCUGGAACUGCAAUGACUGUACAGCUGGCAAGAAACUGCAUUACAAACAGAUUGUGUGGGUCAAAUUGGGAAAUUACAGAUGGUGGCCUGCAGAGAUUUGCAGUCCUAAGUCUGUGCCGCUGAACAUCCAGGGCCUUAAGCAUGACUUGGGGGACUUCCCUGUGUUCUUCUUUGGUUCUCAUGACUACUACUGGGUCCACCGAGGCAGAGUGUUCCCUUAUGUUGAAGGAGACAAGAACUUUGCCGAGGGACAGACUAGCAUUAACAAGACCUUCAAAAAGGCACUGGAAGAAGCUGCAAAACGUUUCCAGGAGUUGAAAGCACAGCGCGAAAGUAAGGAGGCUUUGGAGAUGGAGAGGACCUCCAGGAAACCCCCUCCCUACAAGCACAUCAAGGCCAACAAAGUCGUAGGGAAGGUGCAGAUCCAGGUGGCCGACCUAUCGGAGAUCCCCCGCUGUAACUGCACGCCUGGUGAUGAAAACCCGUGUGGCCUGGAGUCUGAGUGUCUGAACAGAAUGUCCCAGUAUGAGUGCCACCCGCAGGUGUGUCCCGCCGGGGACCGCUGUCAGAACCAGUGCUUCACAAAGAGGCUGUACCCCGAUGCCGAGAUCAUCAAAACCGAGCGCAGAGGAUGGGGCCUCAGAACCAAAAGGAGCAUCAAAAAGGGGGAAUUUGUGAAUGAAUAUGUCGGUGAAUUAAUUGAUGAAGAAGAGUGCAGACUUCGAAUCAAGCGAGCCCACGAGAACAGUGUAACUAAUUUUUAUAUGUUAACUGUUACCAAGGACCGAAUAAUUGAUGCUGGACCAAAGGGAAAUUAUUCUCGGUUCAUGAACCACAGUUGUAACCCAAACUGUGAGACCCAGAAGUGGACGGUAAAUGGAGAUGUUCGAGUUGGGCUGUUUGCUCUCUGUGACAUCCCUGCAGGGAUGGAGUUAACGUUCAAUUAUAACUUGGAUUGUCUGGGCAAUGGCAGGACAGUGUGCCACUGCGGAGCAGACAACUGCAGUGGAUUCCUAGGAGUGCGGCCAAAGUCUGCGUGCGCAUCAGCGGUUGAUGAGAAGACAAAAAACGCCAAGCUAAGAAAGAGACGGAAGCUCAAAGUGGAAGCAAAGCAAAUUCACGAGGACUUCUGUUUUCAGUGUGGGGACGGCGGAGAACUGGUCAUGUGUGACAAGAAAGCCUGUCCCAAAGCAUACCACCUCCUCUGCCUGAACCUGACUCAGCCGCCCUACGGAAAGUGGGAGUGCCCGUGGCAUCGGUGUGAUGAGUGUGGCAGUGCAGCCACCUCCUUCUGUGAAUUCUGUCCCCACUCAUUCUGUAAGGCUCACGGGAAGGGGGCUCUGGUGCCCUCUGCACUAGAAGGUCGUCUCUGCUGCUCCAGCCACGACCCCGCAUCUCCUGUGUCACCCGAAUACUGGAGCAAGAUCAGAUGUAAAUGGGAAUCCCAGGAUGGUGGAGAAGAAGUGAAGGAGUGAGAAGUGGCGGCCUCCUCCCCGCUGCUCUCAGUAGGGGCACAGAGCUCGCUCCUGCACGUGCACGUCACACGCCUCCUGACGGACAGCAUGGCAGCUGGCGCACACAGGCCAGGCGCUUGGUGGGGUUUGGUUCUUCUGUUCUGUUGUGUAGGGGAUAAUUUUGAGGACAGCAAAGUUCCCUUGGUCUUCUCUUGCCUCUUUCCUGUGCUUCAGUGUCUCUGCAGUCAGCACAGGAGGUGUCCUCAUCUCCAGAGUCGAGAGAGAAAGUUUAAAAAGUCUCGUCAGUAGGAUCAGUGAAAAGUCUGAGCUGUAUCCUGGGUUGUGUACGGCGAGAACAGCCAUUCCUCUAUUUAGUUUCAUUUCUAGGAAUUCCGAGAAGUGUAGUUCAAACAAUCUAACCUCUGUGAGCAUUCGUGCGUGCGUGCGUGCGUGCGUGCCUACCUUUAUAUACCUCUUCCUGAGCCGUAGAUUGGCUAACUUCUCUGUCUUUUUUCACAUGCCUUUUCUCGUGUCAGAGAAGGCUCUCAGCAAGUAUUCAAACUAGCCUCUUGGAGACAGAGUCUUUGACCAUGCGGACCUCUGUGGUCUUAAACUGGGCGGGCUUCAUGGUGCACCAACUCUACCUAGAAAUACCUUGCAGGGCAGAGGAAUGAGUGCAUUCACUCAUUGUGGUUCUCUGACACACUGAGGGAAGUGAACGCAUAGGAGAAUGGUCAUUCCUGCUGUCCUGACCACUGACGGGGGCUAAAGAAAGAUUAAGGCACAGACCAAAAGUUGGAUCAUAUAUGCACCAUUUUCUGACCAAUUUAAUGUAGACUCCAGUCUAACCUGGAAUUUAAGGGCAUUUUAUUUUCUCUUUCCCUCUGCCAAUCAUGUUUUCUUUGCCAGCUGGAUCACUCAGUCACAUUUCCUGGUAAAGCUAUGUAAUUGAGUCUGAAUUAUAUUUUAAUAGGCUUUUUCAGUUGAUUUCCUAACUUAGGGAUGGUGCAAGUGGAAAGAACCUCCCUGACUCAUUCUCAACAGUUUCUACUUAGUAUUAUGCAAUACAUAAGAUCGUCCCCAUUGCAUAAGGGGAAGAACUUGCUCUUUUACAGGGUAUAUAGGAGCCACAGAGACACUCCUUGUUAGAAAGCACUUGAAAACAUUCCCCACAGAGUCAGUGUUUGCAAACAUGGCUGUGACAUUUGAAUUACAGACACAAACAUGCCAAGGUAUCUGCCCACAGAAUUCACUUGCAUCUAGCACUUAGGAAUAUAUAUCUAUUCCAGUAUUACUUGUAUGAAAUCAUGUCAGACAUGGUAACAUUAGACUACAUAAAAGUCUAGUGUUACCAUGGAACAUGAACUUUCUCAGUGAGUUUCAGCUGCUUACUGGAAGUACCCAGUAGGAUUUAUUCUCCUCAAGAACCUAGUACUUUACUAACAGGGUGGAAGAUACUCUUUGACACCCUGUAGUUGUGUUAGGUGUGUUUGUUCUUUUUUAAAUUUUUUUUACAAAUCAAUUCAGACCUCUUAUCUGGACAAAAGAAAGAACAACUUUGUGCCUCUUUUUUAAAUAUGUAUAAAUGUGCAGUUUAUAGGCCCCAGACACUACAGUUCUUUCUCUAAGCCCCUGAACUGCCAUUUACCUAGUUAGAGCACUUGUAGUAACUCUGCUGGUUAGACAUGCUCCCACGAGGGGGAGACGGAGCAGGACCUGGCGUCUGUCCGUGCAGUCACUGUGACUGACGGGAGCACAGCCCACGCAGACACUAAACUUUGCUCUUGAGCAAUUAUGAAGUUUGAUGCCCUUUAAAAAAAAUAAUGUUAAGAGUACCUGGGUUUAAUCAUAUUAAAUUUUAUUUUAUACAGACAUAACAUUUUUUAAACUUGUUGAUAAGUGACUUCCUUUGAUAUUCCAAAUGUAACCUUAUGAGAACAAUGUCCGAUAUGAGAUUGUAUCUUAUUUCCUUUUUGACCUCAUGCUUUUUAGUAUCUGAUAACUUUUAUAGAGUAAGCCCCAGGGUGCAUCAUUUAUUUAUAAACACCUUACCCUGACCUCUCUCUAUUCUGCUUCUCUGGUAUGACUUUUUGUUUUUAUAUCUAUAAAAGGAUUUUGCACUUUUCAGAUCUUUUCAUACUAGAUGACUAGCAGGCUUGCUUCCAGCUUUCAUGCUCCAAAUUUGCCUUUGCUGUGCCAGUACAAGGGCGUCUGCCUGUGCCAUCGCCAGUGGCCUGUGGCUUAGAACUUAAGAAAACAGAAAGUUGGCUGACUGUGUGUGACUAUAUACACACCAUCCUUUCAUGUCCUUCAUCAGUGACAUUCCAAAAGGCACUGUGCUUACUCAGAGUCUGAAGCUGGCAGUUGUUAGCUUUUAAAUAUGAUUUUGGUAUACAGUAUUUGUGGUUGAUUUUAUUCAGCCCUGAAAUAAAGGACUUAAAGCAGCAUGGGAUAGUGGUAUUUCCUAACCUCAGGAGGAAGACGAGAGUUCUGAUCAUCAGCGUAAAGCUUUAGAAGUUUGGCUGGAAAGAGCUAGAGAUGGUCGCACAAGGCCACCACAGGCGCUGUGCCUUGGAGGCCUCUCUGGGCUGCCGGGGUAGCUGCCUGUGCAGGGCCGCGCAGGACAGGGCCAGUGCUCGUCUCUGCCAGCGUGCUGUAACAGCGCUGAUUUCAAUCUCGAGUCAGGGUGGAGAUGAGAGUGGAGAAGGUUUUAUCUUCACUUGUGCUUUGCAAGCCCUACCUACACUAUUUUAAUUCUCAAAAAUUACCUUUCCUAAGCUGUAGAAUAGACUGAGUUUUCUGUGUGUUAUAUAAAUAACUAUAUAUAUAUAUAUAUAAUGUUUUAUAUAUAUAAGUGGGGUGUGUGUGUGUGUGUGUGUGUGUGUGUGGUAUGUAUGUGUAUAUACAUAUACAUACUGAUUUAGGAAGUAUUUGAAACUAAAGAGAUAAUAAGGGCCCUGCAGCCCACUGCUUUCUGUCAGUGGCCCCCACUGCGGCGUUUGCAGAAGUGAUGUGAGAUACCAAGGGUCUGUCCGCUCAUAUGAAACACUCGGCUGGACUGGUAGGCAGCUUUUAUGCAGUGGUUUCUUUUUGAGUACUUUCUUAGAGUAUACGUUCUGUUAGGGUCAAAGCCAGACUACAAUUAGAAAUCCUAACAUCAUCUGUUCAGAACAUGACCCUGGCUCUCCAGGGGCUGCUGCUGACCUUAUCGAGACAACACUCCGCUUAGGUUCCUUCCCCGCAGAGCUAAGACACUGCCAGCCCUGUGCCAUGUCCUAAUGGGAGAGGAAACCAAACUGCCUCUGUCUCUGAGCUUGACCAGCUUGUAGUUUUUAUAUUUCUCAUGAGAUGACAAGGCACUGCUUUAUUUCUGACUGGAAUUGCUUUUCAAGAGGGCUAUUGCAUCUGGCCACGCCCUACUCUGCCAAGUUGCUAAGGGCAGCAUGGGAAGUGACAGGAUGGCAAGGUCCUUCAGGAAGGACCACCCACACUUGGCUCUGUUUAUCUGUAACAGAAUGGUUGGUUACAAAUGGUUUAGUCCGUCUUUAGAUGAACAGAGGAAUAAAUGUAGACAGCUUUGCAGUGGAUUAGCAAAUACUGAAAAGCUGGACAUUUGUAUGAAUUGAAAUAUCACCAGUUUUUACCUUGGGUAGGGUACUGGGAACCUUGGGAGAUAGGGAGGGAAAGGCACAAUGUAGUUCCCAUAACACUGAGACUCCACCCCCACCCCAUUUGAAUUCUGGUUCUUCAAAUACUUGGGUCCUCAGAUUCUCAUUUUAUAUUUUAUAGUGUUAAAAUUAUGAAAUGUAAGGCAUCACUUUGUACACUGUUAGAUAUGAAGUCCUCCGACGGGAGCCAGGCACUUAGACCUGCUGCCACCUUUGAGGAGAGGCUCCUGUAUGAGAUCGCAGCAGCAGGCUUAGAAACUGUUUCCCUGAGUUUUUUUUUUUUUUUUCCUUGUUUCUCCUUUGUUUGCCUCAUGUCUGAGUGCCUCUUCUUUCUGUUUAACAUACGCUUGUGUGUGUGUGUGGGGGGGUGCAUUUAUGUUAUACUCCUAAAAUGCUAUGUAUAACCUUUGUUUCAAAAACCCAUUUCCACUGGGCAUGGUUGUACAUGCCUUUAAUCCUAGCACUCCAGAAGCAGAGGCAGGCAGAUCUCUGUGAGUUCAAGGCCUACAUAAUGAGUUCCCAGCCAGCCAGGGCUAUGUAGAGAGAGACCCUGUCUCAAAAGGGAAAAAAAUAAAUUGUUUGGCUUUUGUCAAUCCAUUGCAAAAGUGGCAAUUGUGAGCACUUGUACCUGGGGUGGGGGGAGGGUGAAGAGAAGUCUUGCUUGUCCUCCCAUAGACUCUGAAAGUCCUUAACAUGUAAGCUAAAGGGAAAAUAGAAGUUGCCAAAGUCAGUAUUCAGUCCUUGGUUUUCUUGUGACUUCACUGUUAAGGGAUGAGAAACCUUCCUUACCUGCUGACUGACCCUUGCUGUAUGCAAAUGGCUUUCAAGUAUCUGCCAGUUUGCCUCAACAGGGCAUCUUGUCAGUUACAAGGAAUGAGUAAAAUUACACUGUUGUUGUCAAUUACCAUCUCAUUUUUUGUAUCCUCUGGUAACUAACUGUAUUGCGGCUAAUAACCAAGAUGCUAACUGAUUACAGCUGGCAAAGAAGCCCUUUUUAUAUACAGAGAUUUGUGUAUUUUCAACUGAUAUGGCAAAUUCAUUUGUGUCCAUUUGAAUAUUACACAAUAAACAUAUCUGCAGAUUCCA